UUUUCCAAUACUAUGGCGCCAACUUCAGAAGCUACAUAAUAGAACUCAAUUCCCUUUAAAGUCCUAGCACGUUCAACAUCAAAAAUAAAAAAAGAAACUGCACAAACUUGACAUUGGCAUCAGCAUCAGCAUCAGAUUUUUUUGGCAUAACUUCCUCAUGAAGUUUACGAUACAAGGCUCAAAUCAGAAAAGGAUAUGAAGACUAUCAACAAAUUCAGCUAGUAAAAUGAUUUGCUUGCGGCUUUAAUUAUCAAAGCUGAAACUGUCUUUCAACAGACUCUCAAAUUUCUCCUACGGCUAUAAAAAACAUUCUGCAGGAAAUAGUUGUGAGAUCAGUACAUUGGAAUUUACUCCAGCAUUGAAUAUCUUGUUAUUGGGUAGCAGAAAACACGUAUAAACGUUGAGAGGAUCACUCGACAAGCAAGAAAAUGAACCCACAGGCAUCUUCUAAUCCACAGGAUGAGUAUAAAAUUAAGGACACAAAACCCCAGCUCGGAGAGAGGUGGCCACAUGGAGGAGUUCGAGGUGGAGGAGGGUGGAUUAGUAGUGACAGGGUCACGAGUACUUAUGAUCUUGUCGAACAGAUGUAUUAUCUUUAUGUUCGAGUUGUGAGGGCAAAAGACUUGCCGACAAAUCCACUGACGGGAAACUGCGAUCCAUAUGUAAAAGUGAAACUUGGGAAUUAUAAAGGCAAGACGCAUCAUUUUGAGAAGAAAACAAACCCGGAGUGGAACCAAGUUUUCACGUUCUCGAAAGAGAAGAUUCAGUCGUCGGUUCUUGAAGUCUUUGUUAGAGACAAAGCGAUGGUUGCGAAAGACGACUAUAUAGGGAAGGUGGUUUUUGACAUGAAUGAAGUGCCUACUCGGGUUCCACCAGAUAGCCCUUUGGCGCCUCAGUGGUAUAGGCUAGAGGAUCAUCGAGGAGAAAGCAAGGUAAGAGGGGCAAUCAUGCUUGCAGUUUGGAUGGGAACUCAAGCGGAUGAAGCAUUCCCAGAAGCAUGGCAUUCGGAUGCUACUUCAGUUAAAGGAGAAGGCAUUUUCAGCGUCCGAACAAAGGUCUACGUUUCGCCUAAAUUGUGGUACCUCAGAGUCAAUAUAAUCGAAGCACAAGAUGUAAAAUCUCAAGACAAAAGCCAACCCCCUCAAGUUUUUGCAAAAGCUCAAGUUGGAAAUCAGAUACUUAAGACCAACCUAUGUCCAAUCAGAACACCUAACCCGCUCUGGAACGAAGACCUUGUUUUCGUAGCAGCAGAGCCUUUUGAAGAGCAAUUAGUAAUCACUGUUGAAAAUAAAACAGCUUCAAAGGAUGAAGUUGUUGGGAGGAUAAAAUUGCAAUUACGCGACUUUGAAAGACGACUGGAUCACCGACCAGUUCAUUCUCGGUGGUUUGACCUCGAGAAGCUCGGGUUUGGAGUUCUAGAGGGAGAUAGGAGGAAGCAACACAAGUUUUCAACAAGGAUUCAUAUCAGAGCCUGUCUUGAAGGUGGUUACCAUGUAUUAGAUGAAUCAACAAUGUACAUCAGCGAUCAACGCCCUACUGCUAGGCAGUUAUGGAAGCAGCCAAUUGGAAUCCUUGAAGUGGGAAUCUUAAGUGCACAAGGGCUUCUCCCAAUGAAGAAAAAGGACGGCAGAGAAAGCACAGAUGCUUAUUGUGUGGCAAAAUACGGACUGAAAUGGGUGAGAACGAGAACAAUAGUUGAAAGCUUCAAUCCCAAAUGGAAUGAGCAAUAUACUUGGGAGGUUUAUGAUCCCUGCACAGUGAUCACACUGGGAGUUUUCGAUAACUGCCACUUGGGAAGGAACGAGAAGCCGGAAAAUGACUCGAGAAUUGGAAAGGUAAGAAUCAGAUUAUCCACGUUAGAAACAGACCGGAUUUACACUCAUUCUUAUCCACUUCUUGUCCUGAACAAGUCUGGAGUCAAGAAGAUGGGAGAACUCCAAAUAGCAUUCCGAUUCACUUGUUUAUCUCUAGCACACAUGAUAUAUCUUUACGGUCGUCCAUUGCUGCCAAAAAUGCAUUAUCUUCAUCCUUUCACAGUAAACCAGUUGGACAGUUUGAGAUUUCAGGCCAUGAAUAUUGUAGCUUCAAGGCUUGGACGAGCCGAACCUCCAUUGAGAAAAGAAGUCGUUGAAUACAUGCUGGAUGUUGAUUCCCACAUGUGGAGCAUGAGACGAAGCAAAGCCAACUUCUUCAGAAUCGUUUCGCUCUUUUCAGGCCUAUUCUCCUUAAGCAAUUGGCUUGACGAAGUUUGUCAUUGGAAGAAGCCCGUCACCACAAUUCUUGUUCAUGUCCUCUUUUGCAUAUUAAUCUGCUAUCCGGAAUUAAUCCCCCCGACUAUGUUCCUUUACAUGUUUCUGAUCGGCUUAUGGAAUUACCGGUCGAGGCCAAGGCAUCCUCCACACAUGGACAUUAGACUUUCUGGGGCUGACGCAGUACACCCCGAUGAACUCGAUGAAGAGUUCGACACUUUCCCAACAUCCAAGCCUCAAGACAUCAUCCGCAUGAGGUACGAUAGACUUAGAAGUAUCGCGGGAAGGAUACAAACCGUGAUUGGUGAUAUGGCGACACAGGGGGAGAGAUUUCAUGCUCUACUAGGCUGGAGAGAUCCUAGAGCAACCAGCAUAUUCAUAGUUAUCUGCCUUUUUGCAGCAAUUUUUCUUUACAUAACACCUUUCAAAAUAGUGACUUUGUUAGCUGGUUUGUAUCUUCUAAGGCACCCAAGAUUCAGAAGCAAAAUGCCUUCACUCCCCAGCAAUUACUUCCGAAGACUUCCCGCUCGAGCUGAUAGCAUGCUCUGAAAAGAAAGAUGACACAAGUCUGUUACUAUUAUAUGUUUUAAGCUAAAUUUUCAAAUUGUAUCUUCAGAAUUAUCUGUUUCUGUGUGAAUUUUUUUAUCCUUGAUCACCUAAUAUAACACUACUGCUCGAGCAGCAGUUGCACGCUAAGCGAGUGGCAACAUCACUGCCCUGAACGCUCGAGCGGCAGCCUGGCUGUAAGCGAGCGACAGAUCGACAUGUGCGAUUCUUCAUGAAACAGGUUGAUUUUUGGGUUGUU